CCCGCCCCAUACAAGUCCGUAACUGAAAACAGAAACUGAAGCCCAUCUUUCUCUCUCUCUCCUCCAAAUCUCACUGUAUCCAAUCCAGAUCGCCGUGUUUCUAAAAUUCUCGCUCAAUUUUGCUUCUUCCAUGGGAUUUCCGGUGGGUUACACGGAGGUUUUCUUGCCCAAACUGUUCGUCCACGUUCUCUCCUUUCUGGGUUUCAUCAGAAACCUGAUUUUCUCCCUUUUCCAUUACGUGGGUCUCUCCGAUUUCCUCGAGACAGACAUGGCUUGGCCCGAAGGCCCUAUUCGGAUGCCCGAGAACCCUCCCAUGGCGGCCCUCCUGAUCCGGGAAAUUCUCCCCGUUAUAAAGUUCGAGGAGCUGGUGGUGGUGGGAGACCCACCGGAGAGCUGUGCGGUUUGCCUGUACGAGUUCGAGGCCGGAGAGGAGAUCAGGUGGUUGAAGAACUGCAGGCAUGUUUUCCACCGGGCUUGUCUGGACCGUUGGAUGGACCAUGAUCAGAAGACGUGUCCGCUAUGCAGGACAUCCUUUGUUCCAGAUGAGUUGCAGGAUGAGUUUAAUCAACGCCUCUGGGCUGCUUCCGGCGUCGAUGAUUUUUACAGUGAGUACACAUCAGUUUCGGGCCUGUAAUUUUCCAUUUUUCACUGGAGAUUUUCUGGGUUUUUUUUUUUUUUUUUUUUUAACGUGAUGGUAUUGGUUGGUGAAAGUGUAUAUAUAUAUUAAAAAUUUGCUACUUAA